CCCAAUCUCUCCCUUCCCUCAAACAUGUCGCUAUGGUUGAGAAGAACAAGCAGCCGAGGUAUAAGUGUCAGCUUUCUCAAGACAAUUAUUACAAACAACAAAAACCAAUUAACUUUAUGCUCUUAUCAACCAAAUGCUUAUUAUAUGUCUUCAUUUCCCUCUAAUAUUAUAAAGAGCGUUAUUAUAGGUUCUAGUGGUUUUAUUAAUACUAAAAAUAUUAUUUGGACAUCCCGAUAUUCAUUAUUUUCAAUCAAUAACCCCGUCUUCUUGGGAGCUCAUAAUUACCACUCUAUGGAAGCUACGGAAAAGAUCUUAUCAUCCGACGAUGAUGAUAAUAAUUCUACUUCUAACGAAAUUAAUCAGGGCAUGGAUUUUCCGGGUGGCGAGAUUACAUAUACAUCCAAAAUGAACUUUCUUCCUGGAACAUCUGAAAAAAGGGUGCAAUGUUAUCGAGUUCUUGAUGAAGAUGGUCAUACAAUCUUAUCUAACAAGAUGGAACAUGUGAGUAAAGAAGUUGCAUUGAAAAUGUAUAGUGGCAUGGUUACCCUUAGUACUAUGGAUAAGUACUUUUAUGAGGCGCAAAGGCAGGGUAGAUUGUCAUUUUAUUUGACCUCAUUUGGUGAGGAAGCUAUCAACUUAGCAUCGGCUGCAGCACUUAGCUUCGAUGAUGUAGUAUUGGCUCAGUAUAGAGAGCCAGGAGUCCUGUUAUGGCGUGGUUUUACGUUGCAACAAUUUGCAGAUCAAUGUUUUGGGAACAAUGUUGGCCAUGGAAAAGGCAGGCAAAUGCCAAUUCAUUACGGGUCAAAGGACCUCAAUUUCAUGACCAUAUCAUCACCAUUAACCACACAACUUCCGCAAGCAGUUGGUGUCGCUUAUUCACUGAAAAUGGAUAAAAAGGAUGCUUGUGUAGUGGCCUAUUUCGGAGAUGGGAGUGCAAGUGAGGGGGAUUUUCAUGCUGCUUUGAAUUUUGCUGCGGUUAUGGAUGCUCCAGUUGUGUUCAUAUGCCGCAACAAUGGAUGGGCUAUUAGUACUCCUGUCACUGAUCAAUUCCGAGGCGAUGGAAUUGUUGUUAGGGGCCAAGGCUAUGGAAUUUCUAGUACAAGGGUAGAUGGAAACGAUGCUCUUGCAAUAUAUAAUGCAGUACGUAGUGCUCGUGAGAUGGCUAUCAGUGAACAACGACCAAUACUUAUCGAGGCUAUGACAUAUAGAGUAAGCCACCAUUCUACAUCUGAUGAUUCCACAAAAUAUCGGUCUGUUAAUGAAAUCGAACACUGGAGAACACUCCAUUCUCCUAUAACAAGAUUUAAGAAAUGGGUCGAGAGAAAAGGUUGGUGGAGCGACAAAGAAGAAUCCGAGCUUCACACUAACGUGACAAAACAGGUUAAACAAGUGAUCGAUGAAGCUGAAAAGGGCGAAAAACCACCCCUUAGAGACAUGUUUACAGAUGUAUAUAAGGAUUUGCCUUCAAAUUUGUUGGAGCAAGAAACAUUGCUUAGAGAAACAAUCCAAAAGCACCCACAAGACUUCCCUAAGAACAUACCUCUAUAAGAUCUUUUGAUAUUGUAAAUUUACUACCUAUGAUGGAAUGGAAUACCAGAUACAAAUAAUAAUUUUAUUAGCUUUAUUUAUAUAUGGAUUUAAAUUUUCCUUUAUUACUUA